AUGUCAGCACUCCGCACACUCUACAAUGGCCUCCGCGCCCGCCUGCCUGCUGUGUUCCGGAGGAGGGAAGUCAGUGGCAGGGACGAGGUGGGCAACACGUACUACAGGUGGUUUGAACGUCAGACAGACGGCAGUGAUCGUGAGCGGCGUGAGGUGGACUUGGGCGGCAAGGAGUUUGAGCCUGACCUCAUUCCACCAGAGUGGAACCAGUGGCUGCGCAGGACGCGAGUAGAACCGCCAUCUGAAGAGGACAUCGCAAAGUGCGUUGUCUUUGGGGAACUGGGAUUUCGAGGACGGUGCCACUCAUGUGGCUGUGCUUGCAGGUCAUGUCCCUGA